UGCAUUGAGGGCGCUGUGACGCUCGCUCUCGCACUUUCCAGCCAUAGCCGUUGCGCAAGGCGCCUUUUCCAGCGAGCGAGCUGGGCUCGUCCGCUAAUUCGCGUGCGCUUGGAAAAGCCUGACUUAACGACGGGCCAUUUGGCCUUUGCAUUAGCCCGCGAGUCACAGAAAGACCGCGAAAGAGGACUGGAGCUUACCGGAGAUCUGCUGGGGAGGAGAGAGCUCGCCAGGGCAACGUGGGGAGGAAGGGAAGAGUGUCGUGAAGCUCACCGCCGGCAAUGGAUCAUAUGGGCCAGAUUUUUUCCGGUGGCUGCGAAAUGUGGGAAGAAGACAAGAUCAUGCCCGGUGGUGGCAGCAGCGAUGCGGGCCUGGCCAGCGCCGCCGCGCGGGGGCAAGUGGAGACUGUGAGGCAGCUCCUGGAGGCCGGUGCUGAUCCCAACGGAGUCAACGGCUUCGGGAGGCGCCCGAUCCAGGUCAUGAUGAUGGGCAGCACCCGCGUAGCAGAGCUGCUGCUGCUCCACGGUGCGGACCCCAAUUGUGCAGACCCGGCCACCCUCACCCGACCGGUGCACGAUGCGGCCCGAGAGGGCUUCCUGGACACACUGGUGGUGCUGCACCAAGCAGGGGCUAGGCUGGAUGUGCGCGAUGCCUGGGGCCGCCUGCCAGUGGACCUGGCUGAGGAACAGGGCCACCGUGACCUUGCCCGGUACCUGUGCACGGCAGCGGGAGACUGAUGGGGGAUGCACCCAGCCGCCCACAACGACUUUUCUUCUCUCCCCAAUUCCCCAUCCCCAAUUUAGUUCAAUGAAGGCUGCAACGUGGAGCGGCGGAAAGCCUGAAAGCCUUCCUGGGCGACUGGAUUCCUCGUGAAAAAGGAGUGGCAGGCCGGAAAUGAUUUUUUUUUUUUUUUUCUGGAUCCCACCCUCGA